AUCGCAGAAAGAGCUAGGCUGUAGAGGAGCUACUCAAGACAAACAGCAGCGCUCUGCGAUAACGACUUUUACCCAUCCGCAUCCAACAUCAACUGGGAGCCUACGGACGACGUUUAAAAACCGUUCGGAUUUCUCACAUAAAUGUUCCUAUGGAUUACUAAUACCUUUUCGUCGAAAAGCAGAAGUGGUUCCCAACUUGACAGCAUCGCCCCGGGUUCGUCACACUGGUCGCCCAGAGGACUCAUUGAAAGAUGAAGACUCUGGAGGAGCCCCCUUACUUAACAGUAGGGACGGAUGUGAGUGCCAAGUACCGCGGGGCUUUCUGUGAGGCAAAGAUUAAGACUGCCAAGAGGCUAGUCAAGGCCAAGGUGACCUUUAAACCAGAUCUGUCCACAGCUGAGGUUCAUGAUGAAAAUAUCAAAGGACCUCUGAAGGUGGGUGCUGUUGUGGAGGUGAAGAAUCAGGAUGGAGUUUACCAGGAGGCCACAAUCAACAAGCUGACUGACGCUAGCAUAUAUACUGUUGUGUUCGACGACGGUGACGAGAAGACCCUGAGGCGUUCCUCUCUCUGCCUGAAAGGAGCGCGUCACUUUGCAGAGAGCGAGACACUUGACAGACUCCCUCUCACCAACCCCGAGCACUUUGGCACACCUGUCAUCGGAAAGAAGGGCAACCGCGGGCGACGAUCGAACCCGAUUCAAGAAGAAGAGUUGUCGUCAUCGUCCAGUGAGGAAGAGGAGAGUGAUCAGAGGCAGAAUGAAGAAAUGUUUGGCAAAGUGGUCUGUGUGGACGGAGUCGCCGCCGGAGAGAAAAAGAAGACCACGUGGUAUCCUGCUCUGGUCAUCUCCCCGGACUGCCAAGAAGAAGUGACUAUGAAGAAGGACAACAUCUUCGUUCGCUCAUUCAAGGAUGGAAAAUUUUACACUGUGCUGCGGAAAGACGUCCGCGAGAUGAACAGGGAUUGUCCCCCAAAAGCUGAUGCAGGGCUCAAAGCAGCGCUGGACGCAGCCUUUGAGUUUCAGCAUCAGCUGCUCGUACCCAGUACCUGGAAGACGGAAGUCAAAGAGGAAAGUUCGGGCAGUGAGGAGGACGAUGACGACGAUGAGGACGAGCAGGAGGAGGACGCCAAUGGUGGAGAGGAGGAGGAGGAAGUAGAGCUGUUCCCUGAGGAGAGGGAGAACUUUCUGCAGCAGCUCUACAAGUUUAUGGAGGAUCGAGGAACCCCCAUCAACAAGCGGCCUGUACUGGGCUAUAAGAACCUGAACCUGUUCAAGCUCUACAGGCUGGUGCAUAAACUGGGUGGCUUUGAUAACAUUGAAAGCGGUUCCGUUUGGAAGCAGGUCUAUCAGGAUCUGGGAAUCCCCGUGCUUAACUCGGCCGCUGGCUACAAUGUCAAAUGUGCUUACCGCAAGUACUUAUAUGGAUUUGAGGAAUACUGCACUUCCACCGCCAUCACCUUCAGGAUGGACCUCCCUUUGAAGCAGGCUCCCAAGGGGGAGGUGAAGUCUGAGGGGGAGGCAGGAGGAGCAGCUCCCACAUCCUCUAUUUCAGAGGAAGAGAAAGCUCAGGUGGUUGGAGAACCUUGCAGCGAACCGACUGCUGUUUGCAAGGAGGAGAAACCCAAUGCAUCGCAAAACAAAACGGAGCCAGAACCAUUGGAAACCAAGGAAAAGGACGAUGGGAAGGAUGACAAUGACGAAGAAGACGGCACGCACAACGGGGAGGCAGAUGAGGGUUCAUCGACGGCUCACCUCGCAGCCGACGACAUGAAACAGGAGUACGACGAUGAGCAAGGGAGCAAGGACAACUCUGGGGAUGACAGCAGUCAGGAGGGGGAGGAGGGGGAGGAGUUUGAGUGUUACCCCCCAGGGAUGAAGGUGCAGGUGAGGUAUGGGCGAGCCCGCAAUCUGAAGACGUACGAGGCCACUGUGAAAGAGGCAGACGUGGAGGGGGGAGAGGUGCUCUACCUGGUGCACUACUGUGGCUGGAACGUCAGAUACGAUGAAUGGAUCAAAGCAGACAAGAUUGUGCGGCCCGCCAAUAAGAAUGUACCAAAAAUAAAGCACCGCAAAAAAAUAAAGAACAAAGCUGAACGGGAGCGAGACAGAUUGGAGAGGCUCAAUGACAGAGAGGUCCUCGGCCCUUCGCCCAACUCUAACCGAUCCCCACGGUCAAAAUGUGGCCUGAGUCAGGAUGUAUUUUCCAAGAUGGACGAGGGUGAGGACAAAGGGACUUCCGUCAAGUCUAUAGAAAUUACAUCUAUCCUCAAUGGCUUGCAAGCCUCAGAGAUGUCCACAGACGAAAGUGAGUGUGAGGAUGAGGAGGGAGAGCAUAAUGAAGAGGAUCACCCAGGCAGCAGAGGCAGCCUCAAGAAGCCCCCAUUUGAGUUGGCACAAACGUCGGACCAUUGGGAGAACAGGGCUCCACCUGAAGGCCCCAAAACUCCAUCAGUCUCAGGGAAACACCAGGAUGCAGUCAGCACAGAGAGCACAGAUUCUGGGAAGCGUAGAAGUCAACCUGAGCCAGAGGGAGAGGCGAGCACAAGGAAGAGGAAAUCUGAAGGUGCAGCAGAAAGGAUUCCAAAAAGCCACUCCAAAGCUAAGAUGAGGAACACCAGGAGUGCUGACUGGUUACCCGGAGGCUCUCCCAGAAAGAUUGAGGAGAGAAUGGGUGGUCCUGGGGGCGAGAGGGGGCCUUCGUCUAACAGCAGUUCAGAUUCUGAGGGUGGAGCUCCAGCCGAGUCCCAGGCUGAGGAAACACAUCGAGGCCGUCCGAAAACCAAAGUUUCCCCCUCGAAGAAAUACAAUGGGAUGAAGGAGAAGUGCAAAGGUAGCAGACAAGCUGGGUUCUGGGAGAUUCCAGAAAAGAGGGCCAAAACAUCUGGGAAUGCAGAGGAAAGACCUGCUGUCCGGUCUAAAGGACAGAAGGACGUGUGGUCCAGCAUCCAGGCACAAUGGCCAAAGAAAACUCUUAAAGAGUUGUUCUCUGACUCGGACACAGAGGCGGCCAAUUCUCCUCCCCCACCUGUGCCCUCCUGCUUGGAGGAGCCGAGUCUUGAACAGGAUGGUGGAGCUGAGGAUGAAGCCUCAGAGGAGCAGAUGGAGAACGAGAAACUCCAGGAAUUUCCAAGCAGCGGCAGCGACUCUGUACUCAACACACCACCAACGACACCAGAGUCCCCGUCAGGAGGAGGCAGUGCUGUGGAGGACUCUGGUCAAGCACAGCCUUCCUCUCCGCUGCCUGCCACACCCCCUGUCUUGCCUUCAGAGACUGUUUGUGAUGCUCUUCCCCCAGGUCCUGUACAAGAGGAGGUGGCAGGCGGGCGCAGUGAGACGGACAGCAGCACUGUGGAAGUGGAAAGUUUGGGUGGGGAGCUGCAAGACCUCCCUCCGGAUGAAGGGGCAGGUUCCCCCUCAAAGGUGUUCGAAGUCACUCUCUCUUGCAACAACAGCAGCAGCAGUUGCAGCCUAGAGCUGAGCAGUAGUUGCCAGCAGGAGAGCGAGCAGAAGUCCAAAGCGUCUGUGAGUCAGAAGCGACAGAAAGAAACACAGACGGGUGUAGCCUCAAAGAAACUCAAGCCAAGCCGCAAGAGCCUAGGUGUGCCUCCCAAAAAGAACAGGAAAACAGCCAACAGCAGUGACAGUGAGGACCAGUCUGUUGCUGAGGGCACUGCCAAAUCAACUGCCUCUAAGAUCAAUACAUCAGACGUGAAGGCUGCCACCUCACCCAAGUGUCACGGACGAUCUCCACCCUCGAGCCAUAAGUACCACAAGCAGGGUGAAACUGACCACAGCCACCACCGAGACCACCACCAUGGAAGAUCGCCACGUGUUUACAAGUGGAGCUUCCAGAUGUCUGACCUGGAGAAGAUGAGCAGUCUGGAGAGGAUUUCGUUUCUUCAAGAGAAACUACAGGACAUCAGGAACCACUACCUCUCCCUCAAGUCUGAGGUGGCCUCUAUUGACAGGCGACGAAAACGCAUGAAGAAGAAAGAACGGGAAAGCACGGUGGCUGCUUCCUCUUCAUCCUCCUCCUCCUCCCCAUCCUCCAGCUCACUGACUGCAGCGGUCAUGCUGACACUAGCUGACCCUCCGGUCUCAUCCUCCUCAUCCUCUCAGAACUCUGGGGUAUCGCUGGAGUGCAGGUGACAGGACGUACCAGCAGGAAGCCACAGCACCAUGCACUUAACCAGCACCUGGGGGUCACAGCCCCGAUUCCCUUCCAACAGGACGGACAACUAAACCUACAUACUGUAACUACUGGGGCACAAAAUCCAGACCAGAGACAAAAAAAAAACAAAAACAAGAAACAAGCACUAUUUUCUAUUGACAACUGUUUCCUUGGCAAGCUAAUGGCACUUAAGUGCACUUUUAUGACGAUUGUGUAGGGGGAUAAAAAAUGUAUCCAAAAAAACAACAACAACAACAAUUUGUCUUUUGGGCGCUACUUAAUUGAACAUUUAUAAGAAUUGUUUUUGCAAGCAAUAAUUUUUUUUUCUCCAUUUGAUAACAUUGUAUUGGUAAGGGAUGAUUUCUAGUGAAGAUCCCUCUGUGCUCUGUCCUCAAAGCUUAGCAUGGCACAGUGCCGCGCUGGCCCCGCUGUUUACUAUGGGGAAUUCAGAGGAACACUGCCACAUUGGCAUUAAGGGCGUAUGAAAUGUGACUCUGCGUUUCCCUGUUCACACGCAUCAAAAGGCCUUCACGUGGUUAAACCUUGAGCAGUUGACGAUGCUCUUCUCGAGUACAAACGUGUGGUCCUGUACAUGUAUACACAUACAUGUCACACAGCUGGCCGACAGAUAGAGUUUCAUACCAUCGGUGUUCCACUGGCCACCUCCGUCAAUGAAUAUGGAAUGAUACUGUAGUGCCUUUUUUGUUCUUAUCUGUGGGGCACUUUGAGAAAGGACAGCACAUUUUCUCCUUGAUCUUCUCAAAUCAGAGGGUCAGCUGAAAUAAUCCUGUGUGAAAGACUGAAGAUUUCCAUGUGAGUGAGCAGGUAGCGAAUGGCUAAGUCUGAUAAUGAUGGGUUUUUAUCACUAUAUGGUAAUAGUUAUGAAUUUUUAAAAGAAUCUGAACUCUGAUCGAACCCUGUAAUCUACUAAUUUGGCCGAGGUACAACUAUCAAGAUUGGCAGUAUAAAAUUAGCGAUGAUGGAGUUGUUGAAUGCAGUGGUCACAUUACUUUUUCAUUCAUCGGGGCCCGCUGCAGGAAGUAUUUACAGCAUGAACUCGGUGCUGCAGAACACAUGAAUGAUGCGGCGUUCCACAUUUCUUUCACAUCACAUGAAGUUAUUUAGGUAGAUUUUUGCUUCAUUUAAAAAAAAAAAGGCAAGGUAUCUCAAUUCUAAUUUCACUCAUGAUCAUUGAUGUCACACUAGCUCCCUCUCAUACUUGUCCCUACCAACAAGUUUGGUUCCGUUUCCUGUACUAUGACCAGAUUAAAGGUAAAGAUAUUGUAAAUGUGCAUUAAUAUCAUAAAGUGACAUGUGUAUAUGUAUCUGAAGACAUCUCCAGUGUUUCCUUUGUAUAGAUCCCCUAUUGUAUGAUAACCUGAAGUUGCGUUUUGUUUGGCACUUGUAUGUAAUUGUAUGCUUUUGUUAUACAUUUGUAUAUCGAGAAGUGUUUUGAGUCAAGCUAUUUAAUAUCUUGCACUGUUAAUAACAUGUAUUUUUCUGUACAGACAGUUUUACGGUUUUAACUGUAGUUUGAGUGUAAAUACGGAGGGUUACAGCAUGUUUGUUAUCCUUUGUCCUCUUUCUUUUCUCUCGUACAAAUAGAUUUAUUUGAGCUUAUUGUCUGUACUGCCUCUUUCAUCAGUUUCUGUCUCCUUUUUUCUGUCUUCCUUCUUUUUUUGUUUCAUGUUUUGCUUUAGUUUGCAUUCUUUUGUGUCUUUCUUUUUUUUUUUUAAUAGCUCUUGCUUGUGAGAGGAGAAUGGUGGUUGCGGAUGUGGCAGAACUGUUUUCCAAUCUGUGCGUUGCCUGAAACUACAGCUGUAUGCACCUGUAUAUGGAGAAAGGUCAGGAUCAUAGAUAAAGAGAAAGAAAUGGAGCUUAUUGAAAAAUGCUCAAUAGUAUUUAUUAGGCUCAUCUGAUGAUGGUCAUUGUGUAAUUUAUUGUAAAAAAUAUAAGCAAAGCAGAAGCCUCUGUUUGAAAUAAAUGCCAUAGUUUGUGAAGUA